AUGAUGGAGCUCCUGGAGGAAGAUCUCACCUGCCCCAUCUGCUGUAGCCUGUUUGAUGACCCUCGUGUCCUGCCCUGCUCCCACAAUUUCUGCAGGAAGUGCCUGGAAGGAAUCCUUGAGGGGAACGUGCGGAAUGUGCUCUGGAGACCCUCCCCUUUCAAGUGCCCCACGUGCAGGAAGGAGACCCCCGUCACCGGCCUCAACAGCUUGCAGGUCAACUACUCCCUGAAAGGCAUCGUGGAGAAGUACAACAAAAUCAAGGUGACCCCCAAAAUGCCCGUGUGCAGAGUGCACAGCGGGCAGCCCCUCAACAUCUUCUGCCGCACGGACACGCAGCUCAUCUGUGGGGUCUGUGCCACCCGUGGGGACCACACCAAGCACGUCUUCUGCUCCAUCGAGGAGGCCUACUCCCAGGAGAAGAGGGCUUUUGAGACCCUCUUCCAGGGCUUUGAGACCUGGCGCUGUGGAGACGCCCUCUCCAGGCUGGAUACCUUAGAAACCAGUAAGAGGAAAGCUCUGCAGAUCCUGACCAAGGAUUCUGACCAGGUGAAGGAGUUCUUUGAGAAGCUGCAGCACACGCUGGAGCAGAAACGCAACGAGAUCCUGUCUGACUUUGAGACCAUGAAGCUUGCAGUGAUGCAGGCCUAUGACCCAGAGAUCAAUAAGCUGAACACCAUCCUGCAAGAGCAACGGAUGGCUUUUAACAUUGCAGAGGCCUUCAAAGAUGUGUCUGAACCCAUCGUGUUCCUGCAACAGAUGCAGGAGUUCAGGGAAAAAAUCAAGGUGCUCAAAGAAACCCCCUUACCCUGUCCCAGCGUGGACAUCAGCUCUACGAUGAAGAGCUUUGAUACCAGCCAGUGGAAUGGAAUAAAACUAGUUGAUGUGGACAAACUCUCUUUGCCUCAGGAGAACAACACUGUUAAAUUCAAGAUCCCCUCCAUCUUUUCACGCAGGUUUCUAGUGAACUCUCUUCUUUGCUUGCUUCUCCUUGCUGUCACCAGAAUGUCCUUUGUGGAGUCGGUCAUCGACAACCUCCAGUGCUGGAAAUCUCAGUUCUUCACCAUGAGCUUGUCCUAUUUGGCAGAGACAGUGGAGAUAGCAGAUCAUGCUGUCUUUUACUGGGAACAGAUGACAGAUGGAGCUUCCCUUCUAAGAGAAAAGUGUAAAAACUAUACGUUGGUUGUACUGGAUAAUGUUGCACAGUUUGUGUGCAAAUAUAAACUGUUGUGA